AUGGCUACCUUCAUCUUCGUGAUUGGUUUGUUCGUGGCUGGGACGCUGGCAGAUUCAAACGGCCAAGGUGACUUCUACUACGACAUAUCCUCGGUGCACAACCAGCUGUUAGCCGGCUACGACAAGACUGUUCUUCCGAAAGAGAGUCGUGACCACGGGGUAAAAGUCACGGUCGAUUUUACUUUGAUCCAAUUGGACGAAGUCGAAGAGGACGAAGGGGAAGUGUCCGUGACCGUCUGGCUGUCUCAGUCCUGGCACGACUCUCGGUUGCGAUGGGACAGCAAUCUUCAUCACGGCGUGGAGAAAGUGGCUUUUCCCCAGGACGCGAUUUGGAUUCCAGAUCUCACUCUUUACAAUGGUGUUCACGCACCCGAGAAACUGAACGACAACGCCAUUAUCGUAGAACACGACGGUGGGGUCUACUUUGUGUCCGCGCUACACGUGGAAGCCUCCUGCCCAAUCUCUGAGAAUUCCGUUAACGUCACGUGCGUCUUUCGAGUGGGAUCCUGGGUCCAUGACACUUCAUAUGUUGACGUCGAACCCGGUAAGAAGCACAUGGAAGUGUCAGAUCUGUACACCAAUCCGAAAUGGGAGGUGCAGUACAUAGAGGGUGUGCGAAAGGAGAAGAAGUACGACUGCUGCCCAGGGACAUACAGCUCUGUGGAAUUCUCAGUACAGUUUCUCAGGAAAGACUAA